GGAAUACGAGAGGUGCAGUUGGUACUCCGCCCUGUGGGUGAUGCUGUUAGUACCAACAUUUCACACCACCGAAGCACUGAGCAAUGCAUUCUUGGCCAAUUUUUUUUAACAUUAACGGUUACCCCUCGCUUUUUUCGGAAGCCAACUAAAGGUCCCUAUUGGCAUAUCAGUAUUCAAUAAUUACAUUUUUUAUGUAACAGCCUUGAAAAAACAAAACCUCCACUAUGCGACAGAGGAAGGUGGUAGUUUGAGACGCUGUAGCAGAGUGCAUUGACUACAUACAUCUUAAGUGAGGCAGGCUGAAGGAUGGAUCCAAUCGACUGGGAUGCCAUACGAGCAAUCCAGAUAAAUCUGCACCCAAAUCAACAAAAUGACAUAAAUAACAGCAUUGAGAAUGCCCCAAGAACUAAUAUUGAGUGGGACGCUUACUGUGAAUACUCAAGACCCACUGUUUGUGAAGCACACAGCAGCAUGAGAGUGAAUGUGGAACACGAGCGACUGAGUCCUUCUUUUCAUAACGUUUAUAUUAAAGACUCAGAAGUCCAGGACCCAGACGGAGAACCGCUUCCAUCGGAUGAAGAAGAUCCAGAGCUGUCAAGAAAGAGGAAAGAGCUUAGAGAGAUAGAGGAGCGGAUAAUAUUUAAGAAAGCUGCCAUUGCUCUGAAAGCAGUUGAACCAACACUGCCAAACGUUUCCAGUAAUGCAGCUACAUGCAAAGGUGCAACUCUUAAAGAAAGGGUGAAUGUCAUUUUGCAGAAAAUAAAUCCUGCCAGAUUUAACUCAAUGUUUUGGUCGCACAGAGAGCGAAUGCACUCAUCCAGGCUGAGCAAAGAUAGUCUCCUGCAGAACAACCAUCCCCUGAAGCUCAGAGUGAAGGCGCUAAUGAAGAGGAGAUGCAGUGAUCCAGCACGCACAGAGUGCGGUGAAACCCCACCGUCUCCCCCCAGUCGAAGCUUUACCUCACCAGCCAAGGAGGAGACUAUCGUCAACGAAGGUUUCCAGCGCUUCCUCAGCGUGCUCAACAAAGGAGUGGACAUAGACCUCCUCAGCAGGAUUGUCAACGAUGAUGAUGAAGAUCUCCCUUCAGGCGAGCAGCUCCUAACCACUCAGCCCCCUGCAGGAGAGAAAGAGCCACAUCCAUCUUUCAGGAGCGAGGGCCAGCGAUCAAACAGUGAAGCCUCGCUUCCCGGCUUCAGUCAGACCAACAGAGGCCACGACACCUUUUGCAUACCGGGCGAUGAUGAAAGUAGGAAUCAAGGAGGAGAAAGCAAGUUUGGUUCUAGCAUACGAUCAAAGUCACCUGUUUCAGUUGUGAAGAAGAAGGAAGAAGAAGAUAAACCAAAGGUGGAUGUGCAGCGUGAACAGCUUCAGAAUAUUCUUAAAACUCUGGGGUUGAACCUGGAAGUGGAAGGGAUGAGCAAACUAGAAGAUCGGACUCAGGAGAGACUAUACGGGAAGAAGAAUGAAGACACAAAUGUAGAAGGAUGUAGAGGAGUGCAGGAGAGUCAGCAGAGUGGCCCCCAGAGACAUUUCAGUAACUCCUCAAGGUCCACCAAGUCUAGAAGCUUAAGUCCCAGCCUCCCAAUGCGUCAGUGCUCCCCCAGUAGAAACCUGGAACGAAAGUCUGAACAGACUUAUUCGAGAGAGAGGAGAGACAGGAUUAUAGACAAUAGCAGAGACAGAAGCAGAGACAGAUUUAGAGACAGGAUUAUAGACAGAAGCAGAGACAGGAUUAUUGACAGAAGCAGAGACAGAAGCAGAGACAGGAUUAUAGACAGAAGCAGAGACAGAAGCAGAGACAGGAUUAUAGACAGAAGCAGAGACAGGAUUAUUGACAGAAGCAGAGACAGGAUUAGAGACAAUAGCAAAAACAGAAUUGGAGACAGAAGCAGAGAAAUUGUUAUAGACAGAAGCAGAGAUGGAAGCAGAAACAGUCUUACACAAAACCAAACCAACCCCCAUCCCAAACCGGAUAAUUGUUCUACAUUUCCACAAUACAGUUUGUCCGAGGACUCACAGUACACUGCCUACGAUAAAGGCACUUACAGCUCUGCCACAAAUACUUACUGGGGACAGACGCAGGUGUCUGUUCCUCCCUCCCUAUACCCCGGUGAGGGUCCUUACCCCCUAAACCCUUACCAUAACUUUCCUGAUUCUGUGGGGGAACCUCACAUGGUUAACCCCUAUCACAACCCCCUUGACACAAACUUUUUUGUAAAUCCAGACUUGUCUACGAGUGAAGGCCAAGUUGCAUCUUUUUCCAGGAAUCGCUGCCUGCAGGCCAUCGACAGUACGCAGCAGUGUGUAAUGAAAAAGAACACCACAAAGAAAACCACAAAGAGUUAUAAGAAGAAGUUGAGUGCAAGGAAAAUCAGGAAGGUUCAAUACUGGGAGAAUGUAAUAGCGAAACAUGAACAAAAAAAGAUAUUAUCCGAAGUGCCUAAGGCAGAGGCUGAGGUGGACCCUCCACCUUUGCCACCGAAGUUGCAGGAAAAUAACAUUGAACAUGUGACCCAACCCGAGCCAAUACACAAGGAGAAACGGCAGCUAACAGAGGAGGAAGUCAAAGCGAACCUGAGGAAAACGGUUGGUGGAGUGUUGGUUACAUUAGCUUCCUAAUCCAUGUCAUUUCAGGAGGUCAUGUUAUGGAGGUUUGAUCCCACUUGGAUGGGAUUUCAGUUUAUCAUGCCGAAAAGUUAGGCUACCAGCUUAGCUAAGUUUAAUUUGUGGAUCAGGGCAAGUAUUUAUCUAGUGUCACAGAAGAAAAAAAAUCACUCUUAACUGACAUUUGAUCAACUUUCUUAAAGCUACAGUAGGUAACUUUAUAAAAAGUAUACUUAUAUUUGUUAAAUCUUUAUCGUGACAGUAGUGAAUGAGACAGAUAUGUGAAAACAUAAUCCUAUACUGCUUCAAUGAUCUUUAAUUUGAAGAUUACACAAUGCAGAAGAAAAGCGACCGAUCAGAGCAGUCUCUAACACACUGUCAAUCACUGCUGCAUGAACUCCGAUCAUCAAACUAAGCAGCACUGUGACUGUCACUAAAUAUGAAUAUAGAUUCUGUUACUGCAUUGACUAUUUCUCGUUUCUAUUGUUUUCAGAAAUAUUUUUGUUAAGCUGUAAAAUUAAAGUUUGCACGGGUUGGUACUUGGUUUUAGCGCAACUGGUCACCGCUGGUAUUAAAACCAGGGGGGUGGUGAAAAAAACAAAAAAAACAACGCGUGAAUUUUAACAACAUGUUUAUUUAUUGACUACUACCCACAAACAUAUGGAAAUGGGUUACUAUUUAAACAAAUAAAUGUAUUUAUAAAUGUAUUUAGGAACCUAUCCAUGUCAUGUUAAGUGGGGGUCGACCUAAAAUCCUCUAGGGGGGUCCGGGGGCAUGCUCCCCCGGUAAGAUUUCUUUUUUAAUUUUGGAGUUAAAUGCAUCAAUCUGGUGCAUUUUGAGGGGAAAAUAAAGAGACUCUAUGGAAACACCUAUAUUAAGCAGAACUGUAUACGAUUUCAAUAAUCAUAAAAUCAUGGCAAUAACCAAUAACAUCCCAUUUCCAAUAU